AUGCAUUCUGUGUACAGAUUGCCCUCUGCAGAUCAGGAGGAGAAACUGCACUCUGUGUACACACUGCCCUCUGGAGAUCAGGAGGAGGAACUGCAGUCUGUAUACACACUGCCCUCUGGAGAUCAGGAGGAGGAACUGCAGACUGUAUACACACUGCCCUCUGGAGAUCAGGAGGAGAAACUGCAUUCUGUGUACAUGCUGCCCCCUGGAGAUCAGGGGGAGGAAAUGCACUCUGUGUACACAUCAGCUACUGGAGAUCAGCAGGAAGAACUUCACUUUGUAUACACAUUGGACUCUGGAGAUCAGGAGGCUGAACCGCACUCUGUGUACACUCCACCCUCUGGAGAUCAGGAGGAGAAAAUGCAUUCUUUCUACACGCAGCCCUCUGGAGAUCCGGAAGCGGAACUGCACUCUGCGAACACUCCGCCCUUUGGUGAUCAGGAGGAGGAACUGCACAAUGUGUACCCGCUACACUCUGGAGAUCAAGACGAGGAACUGCACUUUGUGUACUCACUGCCCUCUGGAGAGCAGGAGGAGGAACUGCACUUUGUGUACUCACUGCCCUCUGGAGAGCAGGAGGAGGAGCUGCACUUUGUGUACACAUCGUGGUCUGUAGAUCAGGAGGAGGAGACGCACUCUGUAUACAGACCGCCUUCUGUAUAUCAGGAGGAGGAAAUGCAUUCUGUGUACAGAUCGCCCUCUGGAGAGCAGGAGGGCAAACUGCACGCUGUGUACACGCUGCCCUCUGGAGAUCAGGAGGAGGAACUGCACUCUGUGUACACGCCGCCCUCUGGAGAUCCGGAGGAGGAACUGCACUCUGUGUACACGCCGCCCUCUGGAGAUCCGGAGGAGGAACUGCACUCUGUGCACACACCGCCAUUUGUAGAUCAAGAGGAGGAACUGCACUUUGUGUAA